AGUCGUAUUCGCGAUUUCAACUAGAACGGUUGUGCUACCGAGCGCGUGUGUGUUUGGAUUCAACACGAAUUUUUCGUUACAAAUUUGUUCAAAUAGCGAGCAGAGCAGAGCAGCAUUGAACGGGCAACAGCCUGAUCGAAAUAUAUAGGGCAAAAGGGAAUAUACAGUGAACCGAAUGAAAAGUGAACAUUAAAUACCAAGAAGCAUUUUAUCAAUUAAUGCUACCGCUGAAGAAAUUAAAAAAAAAGAAGUUAAACUGCCAUUUUAAAAGCAACGACACCAACAACAACAACAACAACGCAUCGUUGAUAGACUUUAAUAAACUGUAGUUUUCUUGCGGAAAAAUUCGAUUUUGUAUAUGGGCACUAAUCUGAUUUUGGAUAUUUCAACGCCGCCAAUGCCGCUUAACACUGCCAUUUGUUACAGUUUAUGCCGUUAAAUGCAAAUAACUAACAAUAGAGAAGAUAGCACCACCAUCGAGACCAAGUACAAAAUAUACGAGUAAAAGUGGUGAAAAAGGAAUUUUCACGAAUUAAACGAGAGAAGAAAACAUUUGAACGAAAGGGGUAAAGAGGAGAAAAGAGAAGAAGAAAAAGCCCAAAACGCGAAGGAAACGUGAAAGUGUAGGAAAGCAGAGGGAAAGGUGAAGUCGACAGAGAAAACAGAAAGAAAAGACUAAACGAGUGGCACAGAGCAAAUGUAAAAAGAAUGUGAGAGAAAGAGCAAAAGGAAGAAUAAGAGCAAAAAAAACUACAGAGAUUGAGAAAUAGCGUUGAAGAUCGAAAAGUCGAACGAGUUGAAGGAAAAAACAGCGGAAGAACGAAAUGCCGAUUUUAGCUCCAUCAAGAGUGUGAGUGAGUAAAAAGUUGUGUGCGAAAAUAUUUGUGUUACCAAAAAAGGAAACAACAACACAACGAAAUAACAAACUGAGUGGUGAACGUUCGAAAUACGGUGUAAUCAAUCUUGUCCGUAAACAGUUUGACGACAAACUUAGUUUAACAAGUUUCAAAAAGAAUUGUUCAGUCAAGCGUAAUCAAAUACAACGGGGCAAACAAUUGGAAAAGCCUUGGAGAAAAUGGUGGAGACUCGUGCAAAUGCACGCUUCAUACGUUUCGCGUAGUGUGAAUUUGAGUGAAAUUAAUCAAGACGGCGGAAAUCGUCACGGAAGCAAUUUUUGGCCAUUUUCUUCGAUUCCCGCUUCAUUCUUUUUGGUGUGUAAAACAAAUAUGAAUGCUUUGGUUGCGAGCAUUUUUGGGCAAUAUUUCAUUCGGCGCAGCAUCAUCAUAUUAAUAAAGUGAAAUAACAGACACACAGACACACACACACACACACAGACACACACACACAGACACACACACACCCAAGUGUGUGGGGCCGAAGAAGCGAUUUAUCCAAAUAAUUUAAACUUGGGUUUGGCAUGGGAUGGGUGAGAGGACUUUGCGUCCUGCUCACCAUAAGCGUCAAUGUUGGCGUUCGAAUGGCAGUUGAACCGACGGCUUCAUCAAUGCCAACAUCGGUGUCGAGGUCAACUCAUCCGUUCGAAACGAGCACCAAAUACCAGCCAUUUCAAUCAACCAAAACAGCAACGCCGGCUACUACAACAACAACAACAACAACGACGACGACUACAACGCAAAUAACAACAACGACACAACGGACGCACAAAACCAUCACCACCAAAGCGAAACAUUCAAUGAGCGAAUCGGUGGUGAUUCUACCACCAAAUUCAGAACGACAAGCUAAAGAUGCUUACGACAAAGCACUGGAACAGUUUGAUUCGUAUGGUGUUUCAACGCGACAAAUGUGCGCAGUGUGGGAAAAACGCGGCUGCCAAUGCUCCGGUUCCAUCGAAGAACUAACCUUAUCAUGUCGAGCCAUCGGCUUGAACGAAACACCAACCGAGCUACCAAAGAAUUUAAUCAAACUGGAUCUUGGUAACAACAACAUUACGACGCUGCCAAAAAAAUCCUUCGAAGCUGUACCUCAUUUAGAAGAACUCAUACUAUCCGACAAUAGUUUAUUACAUAUUGAUUCAGAUGCAUUUAUAGGAUUAAAUAAACUAAAACGUUUAUCAUUACAUAAUUGUGGCCUUUCUGCUGUACCCGGAAAAGCUUUAAACCAUCUCAAAAAUUUGAAUGCAUUACAACUAGACAAUAAUGCAGUUAUGCAUUUUGACGGUAUUUCCUUGGCGCAACUGAAGAGUCUACGGGCACUUCGACUCGAAGGAAAUAUGCUACAACGGGUGCCAACCGAAAUAUUGACCGGCUUACCAACACUAGAAAUAUUAAAUUUAGGAGGCAAUCAUCUACUUAAUAUAAACGUUGGAGAUUUUCCAAAAUUGGACAACUUGCGAUAUCUCACCCUGAAAAGAAAUCGUCUGACAAAUGUAACAGCCGAUGCGAUAAGUAAUUUAUUCAACUUAAGAAUUCUCGACCUGGAUGAUAAUUCACUUACGGUGAUACCGAACAAAUUGGGACAAUUGUCAAACCUUCAGGAAUUAUUUUUAUCGGGAAAUCGAAUAAAUACCAUACUCAGAGAUGAUCUUCCAAAAAAUCUAAUUACAUUGGAGUUGCGGGGCAAUCCAUUGGGUGAUAUUAAAUUUGAUGCGCUUCAAAGCAUGCCAAGACUGAGGAAACUGGUUUUAUCGGAUGCCAAAAGUUUAAGUGAGCUGCCAACAUUCGAUGGGUGCCCAGCACUCGAAAUUCUACGAAUGGAUCGAGCCAACGUUUCCGUGUUACCAAAUACUCUUUGCCGAAAUUCGUCACGCUUGAAAAGCUUAGAAUUGAAAUCGAAUAAGCUGAGGAAUGUUCCCCAUUUGUCACACUGCAAAGAUUUGCGAAUAUUAGAUUUAUCCGGUAAUCGAAUCAGUUCAGUACACGAAACACCAUUCAGAGGUUUGGGUCAAUUGCAUGAUUUGCUGUUGUCGUACAAUGAAAUCGAAACAAUUCCACGAGAUGCAUUUGACGGUGCGCCAAGGCUGCAAUUACUAGAUUUAGAGGGAAAUAAAAUUUUCUUCAUUCAUGAAGAUUCAUUCACCGUAUUCGAGCAACUUGAAGAUUUGAAUUUGGGCAAUAACAUCUUCCCAACGCUGCCAAAGAAUGGAUUGCAAAGUGUGCGCCAUUUAAAAACGUUCAACAAUCCAAAGCUACGUGAAUUUCCACCACCAGAAACAUUUCCACGCAUUCAGACGCUGGUGUUGUCAUAUGCGUAUCAUUGCUGCGCUUUUCUUCCUCUUGUCACCAUGUCAAGCACGCCAAAAACACAUCCAAUCCAGGAGACCAUUCUCUUUCCAACUGACAGCAAAUUCGACAUGAGCCUGUGGAAUAGCAGCCAAACGGAUAUCUGGCCACAAUUGCAUAACUUGAGCAAAAAGUUUGGUAGUCAAAUUAAUGAACUGUGGGAUUCGUUCGGGCAAGACUUUACGUAUCCUGGAAAUUUGCCAGCUUAUGCGGAAGAAUAUUUCGAAGAAGAAAUGUCACCAACAAAAGCGCUGAAUGGAGAUAUAAUGACUGGCUCCGUGCAAUGUUUGCCGCUGCCAGGGCCAUUUUUGCCAUGCCAAGACCUGUUCGAUUGGUGGACGCUGCGGUGCGGUGUAUGGGUUGUAUUUCUGCUGGCGAUGCUCGGUAAUGGCACCGUUGUAUUCGUGUUGAUAUUUUCACGUUCGAAAAUGGAUGUGCCACGAUUUUUGGUAUGCAAUUUAGCAGCGGCCGAUUUUUUCAUGGGCAUUUACUUGGGACUAUUGGCUGUGGUGGAUGCAUCAACGCUGGGCGAAUUUCGAAUGUACGCAAUCCCAUGGCAGAUGAGUAUCGGAUGCCAAAUUGCUGGCUUUUUAGCCGUACUAUCAUCCGAAUUGUCCGUAUAUACGUUGGCUGUGAUUACAUUGGAACGCAAUUAUGCGAUUACACAUGCAAUGCAUUUGAACAAGCGGCUAUCACUGCGUCAUGCUGGUUACAUCAUGAUAUUCGGUUGGAUGUUUUCAUUUACAAUGGCCACAUUGCCAUUGAUUGGUAUAUCGGACUAUCGUAAAUUUGCCGUAUGUUUACCAUUCGAAACAACAACCGGACCGGCCAGUUUAGCAUACGUAGUCUUCUUGAUGUUCAUCAACGGUGUUGCAUUCGUUAUUUUGAUGGGUUGCUACUUAAAAAUGUACUGUGCCAUUCGUGGUUCACAGGCAUGGAAUUCGAACGAUUCACGCAUCGCCAAGAGAAUGGCACUUUUAGUGUUUACAGACUUUUUAUGCUGGUCACCCAUUGCGUUUUUAUCGUUGACUGCCGUAUUUGGUGUGCAUUUAAUCAAUCUCAAUCAAGCGAAAGUAUUUACUGUUUUUGUGUUACCGCUAAAUUCAUGCUGCAAUCCAUUCCUUUAUGCAAUUAUGACGAAACAGUUCAAAAAAGAUUGCGUGCUCAUUUGCAAAGCGAUUGAAGAAUCGCGUGUGACCCGUGGCAUUGGACGUUGCAGGCACAGUUCGAAUUUCAGUAAUCGACAAACGCCAGCCAAUACAAAUUCACUGGGUGAACGGUCAUCAAAAGAUAUACCACCGUUAACCGCAGGCCAAAUUUGUGCUUGUUCAAAACUUUUGCAGCAAAAUAUCGGCCGAGAUGAGCCACCGCCGAAACUUUGGACUCGAGUUUGGAAUCGAAUCACUUGCACUAAACCGCAAAAGAGAUCGGAAAUUCGACGGGAUAUUCGAUGCGAUCAAUAUGCAUAUAAAAUCGCCGAAAUUCAACAGAAACCAUUUAAACGGGCCAGUUCAGUGUCAAGUGAUAAUUUCAGUUCAUCGCGGUCGGAUUCAUGGCGUCAUGGUCCACCACAUCAUUGUUCAAUUCCAUUACGGGUUUUAGAUACACGUCGCCGACAUUCCUCAUGGUUAGUUACAAGAAAAACAUCACAAGACUCAAAUUUAUCCAGCUCAAGAAAUGACUCAUCGGCUUCGGCCACCACAGCCAGCACGUCUACGUUUCGAUUGUCACGGUCUAGUGCGGCUAGUUCGACGCCAACACCGUCGAUUUCAGGCAAAUCCUCAGUUGGUUGCACAAAACCGCGACUCGUGCGUCAACAAGCGGUACAGGAAGAAGUGGUCGAGCCAUCGUGUUCGUCGCCAAGACUAAGCGUACGCUUUCUGCCAACCAUUCCAUCCGCGGCCGAUAGCAGCGUUAUCAUCGACGAAGAAUCACACAAUGAACCAAGCACUGCCAGUUCAGCAAACAACAAUAAUGUUGGCUCCACAUUCUAUACCAUUCUGCAAAGUGGUAACACCCUCACAACGCUCUCUAGUCCAAAAUCAAAUAAAUUGGAUAAACCGCCGUAGGCAAAAGGAAAAAUCUAACACAUAUAAGUAAAUCUGAUAUUUUGUAUGUUGUCCCAAAGCCCCAAAACAAUUGUAAGUUAUACAAGUAGUAGGCGAAAUGGCGAAGGGGAGAGAUGAAACUUCCAAUAUUUUGGUAGUUGUUGUGCUUUUUCUCCGAAAAAAACAAAAAAAACCACUUUUUGGUGGUUCGUUUGUGCUUUAACACUUCAGCUUGUGCAUAUAUUCGGCAAUAUUGAUGAUAAUAAUGGGUUUCCAAUGUUGAACAGGGUCACAUCAACCGUUUGGUAACAUCGUAAGCAAAAACUUUGUUGUAGGCGAUAUGAAAUGGUUAUGCAUCUAAUAGGUUUGAGAGAAUAUCGUGUAAAUACGAGCAGAAUUAAUUGUAUAUUAAGCUAAGUAUACAGUUCCUUGUGAAAUGAAAAAAUUUCUCCGGUGAAAUUUUCACAGGUGAUAUUUUUAUGGUGUUUUUUAUUUUCGAAUUGCAAGCAUAAUGAUUUUUGAUGCAUGAAACAGCUAACUCAUUUCAAUAUCAACACGGCACAUGAACAAAUUUGGUUUUUGAGUUCAUUCUUCUAUGUGUUUUGUCUAAACAAAUUUUUUUUCACGGUCGUGAAAAGUAUUUCGCGUGCAAAAUGUACGCGAAAUUUUUUUCACGGCGGUGACAAAAUAAGAAAGAUCAAAAUACAUUAAGAAAUGAAUUCAAAAUUCAAAUUUGUUCAUGUAUUGUGUUGAUAUUGGAGGGAGUUAAAAAAACACCAUACAAAUAUCACCUGUAAAAAUUUCACCGGAGAAAUUUUUUCAUUUCACGAGGAACUGUGUACUUAGCUUUAGCUCAAGGAUUAGACCAUCCGCCUGAAAAGUAUGCUCUUCGUUCGGAACAUUUCUAUUAGCACAACGGAUUUCGAGCACAAUUCAUUCGAGUGUUUUAAUGGAAACAUCGUUUCAAGUGAAUGAACGAUAUUUAUUGUCGCCGAUCCGUGUGUGUGUGUGUGCGUCGAUUACGGGCUGCGAUUAAAAUAACAUUAUGUUCCACAUGACACAAUGAUAAAUAAGGUUCAGUUCAGUUCACCCUCGAUCAACUUCAGAAUCCAACGUCUGCACGUGAUUUUGCCCGGUUACCAAUAAAAUGGAAAGUUUUUCUUUCUUCUAAUAAAAAAUUCAUGGCUCAAAGUUCGAGAAAAAAUUAAUUAGAAAAAAAGUCUAAUUAAUUGUAUCGAUCGUUUUUUGCACGCGCUGCUUCUUACAUUUACAUAGGGAUACUUUUUCUUGUUUAUUUUCCCUGUUGCUAACUCUUGAUACUGAUUUCUUUUCGGUUUCCCAUGGCGCCCAGAAAAAAAAAGUGCGAAAAAGCAUGGUGUAUAAUGCCGGGCAAAAAGUUUAAGUCGCUUCGGUUCGAAUGCUAAUGAAAUUCGAUUUCAUUUGCGGUUCGUGCUACGUUUCAUGCUACGUUCCAUGGUACACUACACACAAACACAUAAACAUAAACAGAUACAUUAGUUCACGGGUAAUUGAUAGAACGAAGUGGAUAAUAAGCAGGUAAUUAAAUGCGUCUACUUAUUAAUUGUUUGCUGUUUGUAUUCUUACAUCGAAUGCAUACAUUCGUCCGCUUCGGAAUCAAAUAUAGGCGUGUGAUUGUGAUUUAUUCAAUUAAAUAUUUAUGACUGUUUGGGAAUAAAUUUCCGCACAAGUGCGCGUCAUCGCCAAGCAAACAAAAGCGAAUGAACAACUCAUGACGCCCAUGGAAUGAAAAUAGGGAAACAUUUGUGUAGCAUUUACAUGUAUUUUUUUCAUCGGGUUCAACAGGUGGGUGAGAGGUUUUGCCUAGCAACAUCGAGUCAAACUCAUUUAUUAUUUUCGUGAAUUGCAUACUCAAGUUGGAUCAUUUAUUUAAGUUCUCCCAGAAAAAAAAAACAAAAGAAAACUGGGACAACCUUCCUUCAUUCUUAUAGUGGGUUAUUCUGGAAAUUCUCCAAAAAUAGAACACGUUUCGUGUUGGACUUUCGGCUUCGUCUUCGGGUUCAAAUUUCGCAUAUAUUAUUUUGAAAUCAAGCAUCAAUCUUUGUUUCGCAUAAACAUGCCUUGGACUCAGAUUUUAUGGAUUAAAAUGAUUACUUCACAAGAAUGUAUGUUUAUUUGCCGAAAAAACAAAACAAUGAAUCUGGUGCAUGGCAUCAAUUCCUUUCAAUUGAAUUACUGUUGACUUUGACCUAGAGUUAUGCUGACACAUCCUAUAUUUCCGUUCAUAUAGAUUUGAUUGCAUAUCAUAAAAUAUUAAAUUGUGUGGAUGUUGUCGGUGCUGAGCCGAGUAUUCACUCAAGACACCCACCCCUGUCCCCACUUUUCGCGCGAGAGUCAAAUUCUCCCUUGUCAAAACCUGUACGUUCUUGUUUCCUUACUGCGCACUACUUUUCUACGGUGAAGCAGACUGCUGCGUUGAUGUGUAUAACAAUACGGGUAAAACACCGGCGCUCCGAGUCUUUUAUACAAACUUCCCAUGUAGACGAUACGAAACAGGCAAAAAUCGAAAAAAAGUUAAUUUUUUUUUUCGAUUCUCAUAUAGUAUUUUUUUUUGCCCAAUCCAUUGGUGUUAUCGCCACAUCGAAAUUCGCGCUCCUUAUCACUUAAUUUGCAUCAUAUGAUAAAUGCGAGUGACGUCAUCAAUAGCUUGGGAAUCAAUUGAAAUGAAACACACGAAAAAAUAUUCGAGUAACGAAACAAUGUGAUACAGAUCCAUUCAUAUGAAACAAUGCGAGAGGAUUCGUUCAUAACGACACUGCAGACAAAAAAUCUAUCGAAACGGAACACCUCAAAGCGAAAUACCUAAAACGGCACAUGCUAUGUUUCAUUCUUACGGAUUUCUUUUCCAUGUUUCAUUUUAAUGGAUUGCUUUAUUUUUGUUUCGUAUCUGUCUAUUGAGCGGCGAAUGUCUCAUGUUCAUUCCAAGCUCAUCAUAUGAAUUAUGAUCGAAAUGGUUAUGCUCGUGCCGAAUAUCUAUACUAUACAUUUAUGCAAGCAAAAGUGGAAAAGCAGAAAUAAAUCUUUGCAAGAAGUGAACGGCAAAUUGUAACGGUCGAAUUCUAAAGUAGAGAAAUAAAGCAAACACAAAAAGGAAAUUGGAAUGGUUUUAUCGUCACGAUAAAAUCCCAUCUGAAAUCAUUCUCACAUCGCGCGGUCUGAAAAUAUAUUGAAAAUGUUGGUAGGCCGCACACCGAUUUCGCUUACGUCGAUUAAAUUCACAUCAAGCCGACACACACAACAGAUGUCAUUAACGGCGGGGGAGCUUUAGAAUAUAAAUAUUAUAUUAAAUAUAUGUGUAAGUCAUUUGUAUUGACAACUAAUCCUCAUUUAUCAGUAUGUUAAUGUCUUGUUCUUCGAUUUAAAAAAAAUAUAUAUAAAAAAAAUAAACUAAGUUAUUUAAGUCAUAAAUG